GGGGGCUGAUUUGCAGCGAGCCCGCCUCCCGGAGACAUCACAUCCCAAAAAGAGGAGAGCAGAGGAGUCCAGACCAGCUCAGCUCUCCGCCCGCCGCCACCGCUGGGAUGCCUUGGACAGGCAGAGCCCCUCCGCUCUUUCUAUGGCUGCUCCUCCUGCCCGGGGUGAUCCCUCUGGGGGAGGAAGAUUACACCGACCUGUACACGGAGCUGGACGAGUCCGAGGAACACAUCGACUACAAGGACCCCUGCAAGGCUGCUGCUUUUAUUGGGGAUAUUGCCCUGGAUGAGGAGGAUUUGGCCCUCUUCAAGAUAGAUCGUAUUGUGGACUUAAGGAACCGAACAAUCUCUACAGUAUCCAGACCUGCAAGGAAUGGCACAUUGUCAAGGACAGGACGCCGUGCACGUACAGACAGAAGAGUCUCCCGUGGCAGGCGAGCUGCAACCUCUCGACCAGAACGCGUGUGGCCACAUGGGAUUAUUCCUUACGUUGUCAGUGGAAAUUUCACAGGCAGUCAGAAGGCAAUAUUUCGGCAAGCGAUGCGCCACUGGGAGAAGCAUACUUGUGUCACGUUUCUAGAGCGAACCGAUGAGGACAGUUACAUUGUUUUCACAUAUAGGCCUUGCGGGUGCUGCUCCUACGUUGGGCGUCGUGGAGGAGGACCUCAAGCCAUUUCUAUUGGAAAGAACUGUGACAAGUUUGGCAUUGUGGUUCAUGAGUUGGGUCACGUCAUUGGAUUCUGGCAUGAACAUACAAGACCGGACCGGGAUCAUCACGUCACCAUCAUCCGCGAUAACAUCCAACCGGGACAGGAGUAUAACUUCCUGAAAAUGGAGCAAGAAGAGGUGGAAUCUUUGGGAGAGACCUAUGAUUUUGACAGCAUAAUGCACUAUGCCAAGAAUACUUUCUCUAGAGGGAUUUUCCUUGACACAAUUCUACCUAAAUAUGAAGUUAAUGGAGUUAAGCCAUCGAUAGGACAGAGAACAAGACUUAGUGUUGGGGAUAUUACUCAAGCCAGGAAGCUCUAUCAGUGUACAGCUUGCGGGGAUACUUUACAGGACAGCCAGGGCAAUUUCUCAUCUCCAGGUUACCCAAAUGGCUAUUCUGCUUAUGUGCACUGUGUGUGGAGGCUUUCUGUAACCCCAGGGGAGAAGAUAAUGCUGAACUUUACUUCUUUGGAUGUGUACCGUAGCCGCCUCUGCUGGUAUGACUACAUCGAAGUCCGAGACGGACAUUGGAAGAAAGCUCCACUCAUUGGACGUUACUGUGGAGAAAAGAUCCCUGAGCCCAUUAUAUCCAGCGAUAGUCGUUUGUGGAUUGAGUUCCGAAGCAGCAGCAACUAUGUGGGGAAGGGAUUCCAUGCUGUGUAUGAAGCUCUGUGUGGAGGAGAGAUGAAGAAGGAUAAUGGUCACAUACAAUCUCCAAAUUAUCCAGAUGAUUACAGACCAAACAAGUCCUGUGUGUGGAAGUUGCGAGUGUCUGAAGGUUUCAAUAUCGGAGUUACUUUCCAGUCUUUUGAGAUUGAGCGCCACGACAGCUGUGCAUAUGAUUAUCUCGAGAUUCGGGAUGGUAAUACUGAAUUCAGCCCUCUAAUUGGCCGUUUCUGCGGCUAUGACAAGCCAGAUGACCUGAAGAGCUCCAGCAAUCAGCUUUGGGUUAAGUUUGUAUCUGAUGGAUCCAUCAACAAGGCAGGCUUCUCCAUCCAUUUCUUCAAAGAGGUGGAUGAGUGUUCCCGUCCUCAUAAAGGUGGCUGUGAACAGCGCUGUGUGAACACACUGGGCAGUUACAAGUGUGCAUGUGAGCCGGGGUACGAGCUGGCGCCAGACAAGAAGUCUUGUGAAGCUGCCUGCGGUGGUUUCCUGACCAAACUGAAUGGAUCCCUUACUAGCCCGGGGUGGCCGAAGGAGUACCCACCCAAUAAGAAUUGUAUUUGGCAGCUGGUGGCACCGACUCAGUUCCGCAUUUCUUUGAAGUUUGACAAGUUUGAGACUGAAGGCAAUGAUGUUUGCAAAUAUGAUUACGUGGAGAUUCGCAGCGGUUUGACAGCCGAUGCUAAACUGCUUGGAACAUUUUGCGGAGCAGAGCUCCCCCCAGUGAUCACUUCUCAGUACAACAACAUGCGUAUAGAGUUUAAAUCAGACAACACCGUGUCCAAAAAAGGUUUCCGGGCCACAUACUACUCAGAUAAAGAUGAGUGUUCUCGGGAUAAUGGGGGUUGUCAACACGAGUGCACCAACACUCAGGGCAGCUAUACCUGUCACUGCCGGAGCGGUUUCACCCUGCAUGAGAACAAGCAUGACUGCAAAGAGGCUGGUUGUAACCACAAAGUAUUGGCCAGUAAUCAAAACAUCUCCAGCCCUAACUGGCCAGACUCCUAUCCAAGUAAGAAGGAGUGCACAUGGCAAGUGACAUCCACAGCAGGACAUAGAGUCAAACUGAUAGUGAAGGAGGUAGAUCUGGAAUCCCAUCAGGAAUGUAUUUAUGAUCAUGUUGAAGUUUAUUCUGGCACUGAUGCUCAGUCCCCUGUCUUAAAACGGUUAUGUGGCAGUAAGGUCCCAGAGCCCAUCAUUGCCCCAGGGAGCAGCAUGUUUGUGAAAUUUGUAUCUGACAAUUCCGUACAGAAAAAGGGAUUCCUGGCAGAGCUGACAACAGAGUGUGGAGGAACGCUGCAGGCAGAAGUUAGAACCAAGGAUCUGUACUCCCAUGCCAAGUUUGGAGAUGAUAUACAUCCAUCCGCAACAGAGUGUAUAUGGCACAUUGUGUCUGAGGGAAAGUAUGGAGUAGAGCUGGUCUUCCAGAGUUUUGAGCUAGAGGAGGAACAAGACUGUGGAUAUGAUUAUAUAGAGCUGUAUGAUGGACCAACUGAGGGAGCUCCCAGGAUGGGGCGAUACUGUGGGUCAGGGCCCCCGGAGGAGGUGUAUUCUACAGGAGAAUCUCUGACCGUCCGAUUCCACUCUGAUGACUCGAUUAACAAAAAGGGAUUUCACAUACGAUACACCAGCACUAAAUUUCAGGACACGCUUAAUGCCCGCAAGUGACACCCAGCCACCCUCUACCCCUCUGCCUUGUUGUUUUCUGGGACCAAGUCCACCUAUACUGGGGACGAUUCCUGACCUGCAGGACCCCAACCUCUGAUUCAAUGGAUAUGAGGUGGCAAGCGGCACCACACAGGAUAAAGGACUAGAAGAUCCUCAGGGAUAUCUAAGGGCACAGACUCUUCACUGGCAGAUGGACAAACCUUUUCCUAUAUAUGUCUUUUUACAUAUCUACAUGGACAUACAUGACAAAGGCUCUGCCUGAACACACUAAUCCUGUGCUGAGUGCUGGUUAGGGAACAACUUUUAUCCUGUGAAUUUUUCUUUCUGAAUUUUUAAAGGGCCACUAAACUUAAACCACAAGUUGCCUUUUCAUAAAUAAGGCAUCCAUAACAUUCAGAGUUGUAUGUGAGUCUUCAUACAGUAACCGCGCAGGAAGCUUCUCACAUUUUUAUUCAAGUCUUUAAUGACCUCAAAAAAUAUUUUGCAUAAGAGGUUGGCUGUCUAUAGGGUCUUAAAAUCAAAUUGAUAAACCCCAACACCUUUUUUAAUAAAACGUGCAGGGAAUGAAGUACAAAUGCAGUAGUCCACUUGAACCAACCCAAAUUCACUUUACAGGCCAGGUAUGGGUGGUUCACUUUGCACUUAGUGUUUUGCUUCCUACACGAUUUUCUAGAAUAAAUCUGAUUAUAUGUAGCAGAAUACCACUCCAUCUUCUUCCUAUAUCACCCAUUCUGUUUUAUGUUCAGUGCAGCUGCUGAAACAAUCGCAUAUGGCUCUGUAUAUGUUACUAAGAGGUGCUUUUAUAUAACGUAUUGGGACAUUUUUUUUAAAAACAAUCUCAGAGCUAUUUAUCGUGGGAAAUUAUAUUUAUGUUUGUUCUGCAUGAAAGGGGCAAACAUUCAUGGCAUUGAGCCAUUUUCUCUCUAGUUUGAAUGUUAUUCAUCCAUACAGAAUAGUGAAUCUGUAGAAUCUCAUAUUAUGGCCACUAUGAUCAUAGGAAACAAAUAUUUACUAUGAUCCUCAACUCCACCUUGUGGCCAUCAUGCAGUAUUUUCCCGAUUCACUAUGUUCUGUAGGAAUAUUCACAUUCAACCUGGAGAGAAAAUAGUUUAGUACCGUUUGUUUUGCCUCCUUUCGCACAGAAUAAAAUGUACAUGCAGGUUCAAAGGAUGAAUAGCUCUGCAUUUUUUCUUCUUCUAUCAAUGCACCCCUAAUUUUGUGUAUGUUUUUAGGUUUAGCGGUCCUUUAAUUAAAUUCUAAUGGCCAGUAAGAUGGGUCUGGCUUUUGAAGCUUUUCUAUAUAGUCCUGAAAUGGGCACUUUUUUUUUCUUUCUUUUUUUAAAACCAUUUUUACUGACACCCGUUGUCUAAUGUCUCGCCAUUUUGUUCACACCUCUACAACCCCAACCCUCCCCAAAAAUCAACCUUCAAGGCUUCUGUUACUCUAUAGGCAUUUCUGUGCUUCAGCCAGUGUGGGUAAGAACAGGAUUGUAGUCACUGAGCCAUCCAGAAGCUUCUGAACCCACCUAACUCAGUGAGAGCGUCUGCUAUGAAUGUGUAAGCUAUGGACUCAUUAAAGAUGUUCACCACUGUGAA